GUAACAAAGUUUCGUAUGAUGGUCUGGAAUUGACCCCGGAGUGACCCUCUAUGCGCACCGCUUCGUUUCUCCUUCUCUCUUCCCGACACAACAAUGACAAAAACAACAGGCUCAUAUAAGCCUGGUGCUUUCAAGCCAGCUGAAACUCCCACAAAGACGGGCUCCUCUGCGGCCAAGGGCGCCUCGUCAACGCCCUCGUCUGGAAGCAAGGCCGGCGCAGCGUCAGGCCUUGUAAAGCCAUCCAAGUCCAAAGAUGUAACUUCAACUGGAAAGUCAGCGGCCGUGAAAACCGCUGAGAAGCCUUUGGGCCCAACGCCCGCGCGGCGUGCCAUGGACGGCCCCGAGCUGGCGGAGCCCACGGAGGCUGAGGUUGAGAGCGAGAUCCAGCAGCUCCUCAACCAAGCUGACGACAGGGAACCUCCUCAGGAGCUAACACUGGACCUCAUUGUGAAUGCGCACAUUGCGGAUGACCCACUACUGGCAAGCCGCAAGAACGCGGGCGAGAUGUUUGUGCGACAGCUGACGCACGUGCGGCUGGACCGGUUGCGGCUGGCGGCGCUGCCGGCCGAGGUGCUGCGGCAGCUGCCGGCCGCCACGCACCUGUACGCGCAGCACAACCGCCUCGACAGCACCGCCAGUGCGGCAGCAGCGCUGCCGCGGCUGCGGUUCCUGGCGCUGGGGCACAACCGCAUCGAAAAGGUGGAGGGUCUGUCCGGCCUGACCGACCUCAUGUUCCUGGACCUGUCCCACAACCGCCUGGCGGCACUGGACCCGGCAGCGCUGCCGCCAGGGCUCAGCUUCCUCAAGGUGGAGGGCAACCCUUGUGUGGACACGCACCUGAAGCGCUGCCUGCUGCGGCAGGCGGUGCGCGCGCGCUGCCCCGGGCUCAAGCACAUGGACCGCGACCUGGACGCGGCGGGCGAGGAGGUGGAGGAGGACAGCGAGGACGAGGAGGAGGAGGACGGGGAGGAGGAGGAGCAGGCGGGGCAGCCUGGGGAGGUUGACCGCGAGGAGGGCUCGCAGCUGUCGGGCAUGCUGGACCUGCUUGAGGACCUGGAGCGCCGCGCCUACCGCGACGGCAGCAUGGCGCGCGCGGAGUCCCUCAUGCGCACCAGCGUCAGCAGGUCGAACGAUCUACGGGCCUCCAUGGAUCUGCGCGCAUCGGUGCAGCUGGCAGUUGCCGCCCCGGGCAGCAGCAGCACCUCCCGCCCCGGCACCGCCUCUGCGCCUCUGCAGCGGCCCGGCUCCGCUGCAGCCAACGGCGCCGCCGCGGCCGCUGCGCCGCCCGGCCUCAGCCCCAGCGCCAGCGGCCGGGGGCUGCUGGGGCAGCGCGCGGGUGCCACGGCACCGCUGCCUGCCGCAGGCGCGGCCAGCGGCAAGGCGGCGGCUGCGGCUCAUGCGGUGCUGAUGGAGCGUGCUGUGGCUGAGGACCUCGGCAUGUUGGAGGCGCGGCUGGCCACACUGCUGGAGCCCACCUCCACCAGCACACUCACACAGGACGCCGCCAUCUACGACGCACGCCAGCUGAUCCACGCGCAGCUGGACCGGCUGAUGGGCGCCGCCAGUGCGCGCGUGUCGGCGCAGCGCCAGGCCGACAGCGCCACCAGCGACGCCAUCCGCGGCCUGCGCACCUCCUCCAUGCUGGCGCAGCUCAAGGAGCAGGUGAACCUGGGACCAUCGCGCGCGGCAGCGGCACGCACGGCUGCAGCGGUGGCUGCGGCGCGCGCGGUGGUGCCACGUGGCAGCGGGGCCGCUGCCGUCGCUGAAGCUGCGGCCGCUGCAGCGGCCGGAGGCCCCAGCACGAGCGCGGCCGCACGGCCGGGGAGCAGCGGUGGCUCAGGCGCAGAUGCACGGCCGUGGUCCGCAGGCGGCAGCGGCGGCGUGCCGUUGGCUCUGGGGCCGGGGCCGGUGCAGACGCUUCCGCACAACGUCUUGCGUGAGUCGCUGUCGCGGCUUGAGGGCAUGCUGGCAGGCAGCAGCGCGGCGGCGGGUGCCGGCGGCGCGGCGGCGGCGCCUGCGUCAGGCAGUGGCGCUGCAGCAGCGCCGGUGGCGGCGCCUGGUGAGGCCGGGCCGCGCGCGGCGUCGGCGGGUGCGGAAGGAGGGCGGCGGCCGCCGGCUGUGCCCGGCGGGCAGCGGGUGGCGAGUGCCGCGGGCGGGAAAGCCAGCAGCGGCGCAGGAGGCACGGUCGCUGCUGCUGGCGGCGGCGGCGGCGGUGGUGGUGCAGCCGGCCGUAAAAGUGGCAGUGGAGGCGGGGGCAGUGCUGCCGGGAGCCGCCCAGGGUCAACCGGAGUGCCGGGGCCUCGGCCGGGCAGUGGCGCGUGCCCCGCCUCAGCCAGCGGCCGGCCCGCAGGUGCGGUCGUGGCGGCGGCAGCGGCAGCGGCGGCCGCCGCGGGUAAGGCAGGCGCAGGUGCUGGUGCUGCUGGUGGUGCGACUUCCAGCGCGGCGGCAGCUGAGGCGGAGCUAGCUGCGGAGACGUUGGCGGGAGACGAGGCGGGGACAGAGGGGCUGUACUCGGAUGAGGAGGAGCCGCAGGUGGAUCCGGCCGCGUCCGGCGCAGACUUCGGGUUCAUGUUCAAGACCGCUCUGCCGCCCAACCCGUUUGGGGGAAAACAAUGAUGGUGAUUGGGGGCGAUGUCGUGGGGCGAUGUGAUAGGAGGCGCGCCGGAAAGAUGUCCUGGCAAGGGGGCAAGCUGUCCGGGUGUGCGGCAGCGGGAAGGGUCAGCGCCGGGCGCCUGAGAUUGUUUCGAAUUGAG